AUGAAGCCUUUUGUAGUCGCUAUAACCCCCAAGGGGGCGAUUGGAUUUUUGACAGCUGGCGGUCUCACCCUUUUGGUGCUGGGUAUCGCCUUAAUACUGGGAUGCGGUAAUAUGCCGCGUUGCGAGAUCCCUUACAAACUCAACGAAAGCGGCCAAACCGUGGUUGAAUUCAACGCGGCGGCAUGCCCGAAGCUUGCCUCUCCGCUUAAGGGCGACUACGGUUUCUACUACAAGCUGGACGGCUACUACCAGAACCACAAAGAUUAUCGUCGCAGCAUAGACUACAACCAGCUCUUCGGUCACGUGACGGACCGUGUUGCCGAGCUGUCAAGCUGCGGUACCUACAUGAGCGACAUCGACGGCAAGAUCUUCUAUCCGUGUGGCGCGGUAGCUCGCACCGUGUUCACGGAUCGCUUUGAGUUGUACUCCGACGAAACAUUGCAGACGGCGAUAGAGCUGGACGAGAGCCGUGACACCAUUUGCAACAGACGCGGCGUACACACGUUGUUCCGGAACCCGCCGAUUUCCCUUGUGCGCCACUACCACUCCACCGUCUCCUUUUGGCUCCAGAAGCCGAGCAUGCGCCGUGCGUUGAACAUGGACAAGCCCAAUGUCGGUGAGGGAGUCGAGAACUCUCACUUCAUCAACUGGAUCGAGCCCGCGGCUACUUCAACUGUGCGAAAACUCUACGGUAUUUUCAAGGCAGACGAUCUUAAGUUGCCCAUCUACGUCAAUAUCGAGGUGAUACAGCGCAUCGCCGCAGUCGUGCGUAAGAGUGUGGUCAUCGAGAAGUACUCAACGCUGUCUAGCGUUGGGUACAAGAUGGGUGUCUGCUACGUGAUGGUGGGAGUGCUUAUAUUGGCGAUGGCGGGCAUUUCUGUGAGCUACACCUACAUCAAGAAGUGGCUGAACCCACCCCCUCCUCCUCACAGGUGCUGCGGCCACGAUCACGAAACAGCAACUGAGGAAGAAGGUGGCAGCAGCAGUUCUCACGAGCUUCUCAAAGGAAACGAGAAUGGCGACGGUCACGGUCAUGACCACGGUCACGAUCACGGCCAUAGUCACGAUGAUGGUCAUGGGCAUGAUCAUGGUGAUGGCCACGGGCAUGAACACUCUGAGGGGCAUAGUCACGGCGACGACCACGGUCACGAUCAUGGUGACAACGAUGAUGAUGGUUGCGACAGCCACGAUGACGGUCACGGCCAUGGCCACGAUCAUGAAGAUGACGACCAUCAUGACCACGACGGCCAUGACCAUGGCGACCACGACCAUGAUCAUCACGAUGCCCGUGUAGCACGCAUAGAAGAGAUCAUAGAUGAGCCGAGCGAGGACCUGCCUCGACUGCGUGCCUCAUGA